AUGAAAUAUUGUAUAUACAGAAGUCUUCUUCUUAGCAAACAACACUUUCAUAGACGGUACUCUUCAUCAUCUCUAACUCUAUACAUAAAUACAUAUCGAUCUUCUCAAACAUGGAACGAAAGACAAGAGUAUCUUAAGUCCUGGUGGAGACCUGGGGAGAUGAGGGGUGCAGUUUGGAUGGAGCAGACGGUGAAGAAUGGUGCAAAUGAUCAUCUUUUACCACCAAUAAAGAUUUCCAGUGACGUAUCACAUUUCCAGUAUGAAAACCCUACUGGGGACAGGUCUGCAUUACGGUUAACAAGGAUAGUAUCAGAGACUUUGAAGCUAGACAUGGAGGACGUGAGGUGGUUUGUGAUGGGAGAUGACGAUACGCUAUUUUUUCCCUAUAAUUUGGUUAGGGUUUUAUCAAAGUAUGAUCAUAACCAGUAUUACUAUAUAGGGAGCACAUCGGAGAGUCAUAAGCAGAAUAUAGUUUUUAAUUCUGGUAUGGCUUAUGGUGGUGGUGGAUUUGCUAUAAGUUAUCCAUUAGCAAAGGCUUUAGCAAAGAUGCAAGAUAGAUGUAUUGAGAGAUAUCCAGGGUUAUAUGGCUCUGAUGAUAGGAUUCAUGCUUGUAUGUCUGAGCUUGGUGUUCCUCUUACCAAGGAACCAGGAUUUCAUCAGAAUGAUUUCUAUGGCGACAUAUUUGGAUUCCUUGCAGCUCAUCCGAUCACCCCUUUAGUCUCCCUCCACCACUUCGAGAAGAUAAACCCUAUAAUUCCACGCAUGGAAAGGCUGCAAGCCCUGGAAAAGCUUAGGGUUCCGGCCGAACUAGACUCUGCUGCACUCAUGCAACAAUCCAUCUGCUAUGACAAAUCACGAAAUUGGACUGUAUCUGUAUCUUGGGGCUAUGCAGUUCAAAUAUUUCGGGGCAUUUUUUAUCCACGAGAAAUAGAAACGAUAGCCAGAACCUUUUGGAGUUGGUACCAAACAGUUGAUCCUGAAGGUUUCGCAUUCAGCAACCGCCCUUACUACAAGCAUGUAUGUUACAAGCCAUUUGUGCAUUUCAUUUCUAAUGCAUCAUACAACAGCAGUACAGAUCAGACUCUUAGUGAAUACGUUAGGCGUCACAACGAAUAUCCACCUUGCGAUUGGAAAAUGGCCGAUCCUUUACGGAUAGAUCGAGUGGAGGUUCGUAAGAGACCUAACCCUUACCUAUGGGAUGGGGCACCUAGAAGAAACUGUUGCAGGAGCUUACCUACAGAGAAAAAUGACACAUUGGUAGUUAAUGUAGCAGAAUGCCGAGAAGAUGAAGUCAUUGAAGUACGGUGA